UACCAAAAAUUAAAUUAAAUAAAAAAAAUAAAAAAGGAAAAACCUUAGGAAGAAUUUCAUUUUCAGUUUUGAAAACCUGUAAAAAAUUUGAGGUGUACCUGGUUCGCUUUCUCUUUUUCUCUGUGUCAUUUCUGUGUUCUAAAGAAUAAUCUAAUCUGACAAGUUUCGGCUCCACACACACUGGAGCUGAAACUCAUAGAGGGUUUGAAAUUAUCAAAAUUCCUUAUUUUAUUUUUAAUGAAAUUCCAAUAAACAAAUUGAAAGCCACCAAAAAAAAUAAAUAAAAACAGUCAUAGUCACUGUCAUGUCACUGGUUGCGUAAAAGAGAGAGAGAGACCAUGGAACAAGAUGAUAACAUUGUAACCUCCAGCUCCGAUGAUCGGAAAACCUUAAUUCCGACCACCGAUGAGCCUAUGCUUGCGAUGAUGGCAGCAGCAUCGUCCAAGGCUGGAGCGAGCAUUGCGGAGAGGAGGGCCGCCAAAUGUGGAUUCAACGCUGAGAGGAUCAGUACGGCGAGGUUUCGGACCACCAGCCCUUUGGCCUCUCCGGCGGCUAGGUCGCCGUGCCUCACUAUUCCGCCUGGUAUUAGCCCCACCGCCUUGCUCGACUCCCCCAUUAUGCUUCCCAAUUCUCAGGCACUGCCAUCACCCACCACUGGAACAUUUCCAUUGCCUUCUUUCUAUCAUGAAAGUUCAAUUCUGAAUUCCAUGACUCGUGAAGAUGGAGACAAGGGCAGUGAGCAUCACUCCUUCAGAUUCAAGCCUCAUGGGGAUGUUAAGCAUCUGUCAAGGCAUUCUAGUUUUGAAAAUCAGCAAGUUGAGGUUGACUAUCAAGCUCUUGUCUUGGAGCAACCACAGAUGGAUUUCGAAUUCCCAGCAGAGUUUCCUGGAGAAGCUACCUCGAAAUACUGUGUUGUGAAUUCAUCUAAUGAUGUAAAAGUCUCAAACAGCAUGAUUAUAAAUGCCAACUGUGUUAACCAGCAGAGGUGUCCUGUUGACAUGGCUACUGAUCAAACUUUGUUGUCCAGAGAACCUACUCAUCAUGAGGAUACCGGGACUGAUAAUCUGUCAGAAGGAAACCAGAAGGGAUCUUACCCAUCAGUGGGAAUGGUAAAGACUUCAGAAGAUGGAUACAAUUGGAGAAAGUAUGGGCAGAAACAGGUUAAAGGUAGUGAAUACCCGAGGAGCUACUAUAAAUGCACCCAUCCAAAUUGUCAGGUGAAGAAAAAGGUGGAACGAUCCCAUGAUGGUCAAAUAACAGAAAUCAUCUAUAAGGGUGCUCAUAAUCAUGCGAAACCUCAGCCUAACCGUCGAGCUGCACUUGGAUCUACAUUUUCACUAGAUGAGAUGUCUGAGAUGGGUGAAGGCAGUGGAACUUGUGUCAAAGUUGAAGGUGGAUCAGUUUGGACAAAUAUUCAAUCUACAACUGAAAUUAGACAUGGUUCUGAGGGAAGGACCGAUGGUCUGGAGAGGACAUCCUCAACAUCUGUUAUAACAGACCUUUCUGAUCCAUUAUCAACAACCCAAGGAAAAUCUGUGGGUGUAUUCGAAUCAGCCGAAACUCCAGAGCUUUCAUCUACACUUGCAAGUCAUGAUGAUGAAGAAGAUGGGGCCACCCAGGGAAGCAUCUUACUUGGAGAAGACGCAGAUGAUGAAGAAUCUGAGUCAAAAAGAAGAAAGAAAGAGUGCUGCUUGAUUGAAACAAAUUUGGCAUCCAGGGCCGUACGUGAACCAAGAGUAGUUGUCCAAAUUGAAAGUGAAGUGGACAUACUUGAUGACGGAUAUCGCUGGCGAAAAUAUGGGCAAAAAGUUGUAAAGGGAAAUCCAAACCCAAGGAGCUAUUAUAAAUGCACAAGUGCUGGAUGUUCAGUUAGGAAGCAUGUAGAAAGGGCCUCACACAAUCUGAAAUGUGUAAUUACAACAUAUGAAGGUAAACACAACCAUGAAGUGCCCGCAGCGAGAAACAGUAACCACAUAAACUCGAGUAGUGGUAAUGUACCUCAGGCUGCUGCCAAUGGUCAGCCAUCCCUGACAGUACGAAAUGCCCAUAUUCCCAAGCCUGAAACACAAGUACAAGAUCUUGCCCCGCAGUUUGAUAGGAAGCCUGAAUUUAGUAACGAGUACCUAAGGCCUACAUUUCCUGGGAAUUUUGCAAAUGACAUGAAGUUUGGAGCUCCCUCCAUCUACCAGAUGAAAUUUCCUCCAUUACAAGGUGUCAUGUCUUAUGCUUCUUUCGGACUAAAUCCUAAUCGCAAUACAACUCAGCAAGCUGGUUCUAUUGCACCUGUCAUGCCCGACUUCCCAAUGUCAUUACCAUUGAAUCUUCCAUCUUCCGGGAGUCUCUCUAUGGUUGGUUUUGAUUUCAACAGUGGUAAACAAUUUGCUUCUGUUCAGCCUAUACUCUCAGGGCAGCAACUGCAGGAGAGUGACAUGAAAUUCCUCCGGCCUAAACAGGAACAAAAGGAUGACAACAUUUACGAUGCCCUGGCCACAAAUGCAUCAUCACUUUCAUCUUCUUCAGUAUACAAUCGGGUUAUGGGAAAUUUUCCUCCUUAGUUCUUAUGUUUUGCUAGCAGUAAUCAACUAUAGUGACUGAGUUUUCAAUUCCCUACAAUUUAGUUGUUGUGGUAAUUUUUCUUCUUUGUUAUUUACAUAGAAACAUAUUAUGAAAAUGUAAAACAAAUUAAAUUGCAUAUAGUUGUGUAUCUAGUUAAUUCAUUAUAGUUUUCAAUUUUAUCAAUACAAAUAUAUAGUUCUAUCUUACUCUUA